GGCUAUGCCGUUUAUUAACGCCAUAAACAAGAUAUUUUUGUUAAGUUUUUAAGUACUGUUUUUUUAAAGUGCAAGGAAACGCUAGUUGGGUAUAUUACUGUACAGUAGCCUACUGUACGCGUACUCUCUACAAUAAUCUGUGAAUAUAGACGGAUGCUGACAUUGCGCCUUGCGCGUUCAUUGUUGUUUUCCACUGGUCACCAUCGUUACGGGAAGAGCGCAAGACCUCUUCAGCGACGCGCGCGCGUGAAAAUUAUCGCGUAUUGCUUUUCCAGAAGUGUCGACUAUUCCAGAAAAACUGCUUUAAUCGGACUGUGGUUAAAGUGUGUUGCCUCACCAGAGCGUUACGGUCCACGAGUUCUGCGCCCCACAUGUCACUAAGUAAAUUAGUCUGUCACUUUACCGGACAGCGGACCGUUUCUGAAGGGUUACAAAACGUAAACAAACCCUCACGCGCGCGUGGAAAUUGGAAACCGUUCUUUGGAUACCUCUGAUGAAGUGCCCCAGAGCUCGCGCGUCGCCGUGUGGAGCCGCGCGUUGUAGGAGCGCGGCUGGAAGGUCAGUUUGAGCUCGUGACUCUCGGCUGGGCUGAGGCGAGCGCGCAAGGAUGCCGGUGAGACGCGGACACGUCGCGCCGCAGAACACUUUUCUGGACACGAUCAUCAGGAAAUUCGAGAGUCAAAGUAGAAAAUUCAUCAUAGCCAACGCACGAGUGGAGAACUGCGCUAUUAUCUUCUGUAACGAUGGCUUCUGUCACAUGUGUGGUUACACCAGAGCUGAGAUCAUGCAGAAACCCUGUACAUGCAACUUUCUGUACGGUCCACACACUAAGAGACUGGCCAUCGCUCAGAUGGCACAGGCGCUGCUGGGGUCUGAAGAGAGGAAAGUGGAGAUCGCGCUCUACAGGAAGGACGGCGUGUGUUUCUUGUGUUUGGUGGACGUGGUGCCGGUAAAGAAUGAAGAUGGUGUCGUGAUCAUGUUUAUACUGAAUUUCGAGGUCAUGCCGGACGACAAACUCAAUGAUGCACAGGAUCUCAACCACAAGCUGCCUCUACUGUGGCGCCAUACAAAUCGCACACGAGGGAUUCGACUCCGCUUGCCUCUCCUGAACUCCCGAAACAACAGUAAAUCUUCUCUUCGUGAGGAUCCCGAGGCCGGCCGGGGAACGGGUUUCCCCACGAGCUCCCGUCCGGAAAGCCACGAAUCUCUCGCUCUGGGUGAUCUGCGCUCUUCUCUAGAACACAAGAGGUCUCGCCCGGCCGCCAACACAGUGGGCACCCCAUCCUCGCUUCUGCCUGAAGACCAGCGCAACCUCCUGGGAAGUGACCCGGGGUCUCCUCCCCCGGCCCCGCCCCAUCCUACCACCCUGCCCCUUGGUCAUUCGUCACCCCGCCCAAAGCGGCUGAACCCGGACAUCUCGAUGUCCAACUGCAGUCUGGCGAACAGCCGGUCACGCGACAGUUUUCACAGCAUGCGCCGUGCGUCAUCCGUGGACGAUAUCGAGGCCAUGAGGCCCGAAUGGGACCGUAAGCACCGAGCUCGACCCACCAGCAGCAGCACGGGUGCCAUGAACAACAGGUCCAACAUCCUGAACUCUACCUCUGAUUCUGAUCUCAUGCGUUACCGCGCCAUCAGUAAAAUCCCUCAGAUAACGCUCAACUUUGUGGACUUUAAACCGGACCCUCUCAUCGCCCUCCCGACCGGAGAGAUGGACAUCAUUGCACCCUGUAAACUUAUUGACCGCACGCACAACGUCACAGAGAAAGUUACCCAGGUGCUGUCUCUGGGUGCAGACGUUCUUCCCGAGUAUAAGCUUCAGGCUCCUCGCAUACACAAGUGGACGGUCCUUCACUACAGUCCCUUUAAAGCCGUUUGGGAUUGGCUGAUCUUGUUGCUGGUGAUCUACACGGCCAUCCUCACGCCGUACUCGGCUGCGUUCCUGUUGAACGAUGACCAAGACGUCUCGGUGCAGACCUGCGGCUAUUCCUGCAGUCCGCUCAACGUGGUGGAUCUCAUCGUGGACAUCAUGUUCAUCAUCGACAUCGUCAUCAACUUCCGCACGACGUACGUCAAUGCCAACGACGAGGUGGUCAGCCACCCGCUGCGUAUCGCCGUCCAUUACUUCAAAGGCUGGUUUCUCAUUGACAUGGUGGCCGCCAUCCCCUUCGACCUGCUCAUAUACCGCAACGGUGAUGCAGAAGAAGUGAAUGCAGAGACCACCACUCUCAUCGGGCUGCUGAAGACGGCGCGUCUCUUACGACUCGUCCGAGUGGCGCGUAAACUGGACCGUUACUCUGAAUACGGCGCGGCCGUUCUCUUUCUGCUCAUGUGCACCUUCGCGCUCAUCGCUCAUUGGCUGGCUUGUAUCUGGUACGCCAUUGGAAGCGUGGAACGGAACGGCUCUAUUGGCUGGCUCCACUCAUUGGGUGAUCAGUUAGGAAAACAUUACAACUCCAGCAUCCCCGGAUCAGGACCCUCCAUCAAAGAUAAAUAUGUGACGGCUUUAUACUUCACCUUUAGCAGUCUGACCAGCGUGGGCUUUGGAAAUGUGUCACCAAACACCAACUCGGAAAAGAUCUUCUCUAUAUGUGUCAUGCUUAUAGGAUCGCUCAUGUAUGCCAGUAUCUUUGGAAACGUGUCAGCCAUCAUCCAGCGGUUAUACUCCGGAACGGCUCGAUAUCACACACAGAUGCUGCGAGUGAGAGAAUUUAUCCGUUUCCAUCAGAUUCCCAACCCGCUGCGACAGAGACUGGAGGAAUAUUUCCAACACGCCUGGUCUUACACCAACGGCAUCGACAUGAACGCUGUGCUGAAGGGUUUCCCAGAGUGUCUACAAGCUGAUAUUUGUCUUCAUCUGAACCGAACCCUCCUACAGAACUGUAAAGCGUUUAAAGGAUCCACUAAGGGUUGCCUGCGAGCGCUGGCUAUGAAGUUUAAGACCACUCACGCCCCGCCGGGCGACACGCUGGUACACGCUGGAGACGUUCUCACCGCUCUCUACUUCAUCUCACGCGGAUCCAUCGAGAUCUUACGUGGUGAUGUUGUGGUGGCCAUAUUAGGUAAAAACGAUAUAUUCGGUGAGCCCAUCAAUCUGUAUGCACGCCCGGGGAAGUCGAACGCUGAUGUUAGAGCCCUGACGUACUGUGAUCUUCAUAAGAUCCACAGAGAAGAUGUGCUGGAGGUGUUGGACAUGUACCCAGAGUUCUCAGACUUCUUCUGGAGUAACCUUGAGAUCACCUUUAACCUCAGAGAUACAAACAUGAUUCCCGGAUCUCCAAGCAGCGAUGAUUCCGACUGCACCGGCUUUAACAAACUUCGGAGGAGAAAACUUUCAUUUCGCCGGCGGACAGAAAAAGAUGAUGCGGACGCUGGAGAGGUCAAGAAGAACCAGAAAUCCCUUCGGAGAAACCGGAAACAAGCUGCCUGUAACAAGAACGAACUCAAGCCGGGUUGGGAGGAGCCUGGAAAUUCAAUCUCCUCCCAUUCCAGCGGUGAGGAGGAGGAGCCUGUGCACACACGCCCCGCCCCUCCCACUGUGCUCAUGGAGUCAUCUCAAAUACAGAGCACUUAUAUGAACUUUAAUGAUGUGAAUGAGGGCGAAGCUGAUCCCAAAACAGGGAACACGUGUAACGCUCUGUCGGGUGCAUUCUCAGGUGUGUCUAAUAUCUUCAGUUUUUGGGGUGAUAGUAGGGGCAGACAGUAUCAGGAGUUGCACCGAUGUAAUCUGUCAUCGCCCCCCGUGCAUCCCAGCACCCCUCUGCACAGCAUCAGUCGACAACAACGCAAUCACAUGGAGAACAGACUGGACCUUCUCCAGAAACAGAUCAGCAGAUUGGAGAGCCGUAUGUCGUCUGAUAUCGGUGCGAUCAUGGCGUUAUUACAGAGACAGAUGACUUUGGUUCCUCCUGCAUACAGCAGCGUGUCGUCUCCACCGCAGGUUGAUCGACUCCUACAGUCUGGAACACCAAUGGAGUCUGACACACUGGCAUCUCUCUCACAGUCGUGUGAAUCUUUGGGCAGCACCACAGAACUUCACAAUCCUUCAGAGAGUCCUCUGCUCAGUCCGACCGAAGCUCCUCACGCCGGCUUCUCCAACCUCCAGGACGCUCAGCGCCGCUUCUCCUUACAGGAACCCCAGACAUCGGCGGAUUUACGGACAUCGCAGAAGCACGGCUCCGACCCCGGGAGCUAAGGAGAAAACAACGGCAUCUCUACAAUCCUCUCGCUUUCCUCUAACACAUCUCCUCUCAGAGAUACACUGGAGGUUCUGCUGGAUGUUUUCAAUCACAUCUGAUGAUAAAAGCUGGAGAUGAAGUUUAGUGUCACAGGACACAAACACACACAGGCUGUCGUCCAGUAUUGGAUAUCCGUAAACCAAUAAUAAUUAUUAUUACUAAUUUAUCAAGUAGCCAUUAUGUCUUGCACUGAAUUUUCCAGACUCUUAAUCUUUAUGUCUGCUGCGCUUCCAAACAACAAACUGACUAAACUUGUUAGUGUUAGCUGGCCUAACAGAAGAAAAUAAUAAUAACAAUAAUAACCUGAUGUUUUCUGUCUGUCUGUCACUGCCUGUCAUGUCAUUUGCUGUGGAUCCAUGAAGAGGGCGGAGCCUCUGGCCACGCCUGAGCACACUGGAUUGGCUGGAUUGCCCUGGUCUGGGUGAUUGAUGGGUUGGGGAGUGGGUAUUUAAAACCACGCUAUUGUAAAAUCCCAGUGAGGCAAAUCCAAGCGAGCACUGAGCAAGAAAUGAAAUCCACACGUCAUAUCUAAAGUUCCCACAGGACAUCUUUUUAUCGCAUUCACAACAGAUUUACUUCAGCAAUACAGAAUCAUUUCUAUUAAAAUCAAGAAUAGAUUUAACCAAAUACUUUCACUGUAAAAGUUUUUUUUUUUUACAUUAUAAGUCCCAUUUUAUAUUUGAUUUGACCAAUAAUGGGUAAACUCAAACCUCAACGCUUCAUUAAACCAGAUUUUAGUUUCGUUUUUGAAUGACGUGUGGACUGCUGAAAAAGUGAAUUUUUUUAACCCGACCUUAUUAAGCAUGUGAUAUUUUAUAACUAUAAUUAUAUUAAAAUGACAGUAAUAUUAUAAAUCGAUCUAAGGGAAGCAUGAUCAUUUAUUAAUUAUUUGCAGGCGUCCGUACAUGAGAAAGAUGACAAAGAUUGUAUUAUUCUGUCUGUCGAAUUUACAGCUGUGUUUUUAUUUGGAUACCAAAUAUAAUAUUUAAUAUUAAUGAGGGAGUUUAAAGAGGCAGUACAUCUGUAUGUGUAUGUAUGAUGUAUAACAGAUCAAAGCAGCACUACGUUAUAUUUUACCAUCUACCUUGGCGAAUGCUGAAUUUUGCACAUAUUUAUUUCAUGUUUUGUUUUCAUUCUUGUGCACCGUGAUUGUUUUGCAGUUGUUUAUAAACUCAUGGUUUAAGAUCGGGUCACAGGUUUAAUCCUGCUGUUGAACUGGAUGAGUUUUAUAAAUGAAGUUUGUGGUUAUUUUGGUUGUUAAAAUACUUUAUGUCCCAGAUUAAUGUUGGAUCAUCUUUAACCUCAGUUUGCUAUUCCUGCGAUUACAUGUGAGCUCUUGUGUAUAACCCAUCUGUAAGCCUUUGGGAUCUAAACUCAGGCCCACUGAAAGCAGAAUUAGAUCAGCUGACCUUUAAUUGUUUGUUUAUGAAAUCUUUUGGUUAUUGGCUACCAGUAAGAGAGAGAGAUUCUCUCAGGUCUGCUCAUCGGAUCAAAUCUGAAUUUAUUCUGCAGAUUUUAUAUUAGUUUACCUGUUUCUUCAGACUUUUACCCUCAAAAAGAGAAGAAAUGACUGAAUUAAGAAUGCUGUGAACCAUUUCUGUGUGUCUGAAAUCUAAUUGGUUGAAAGAAAUGUUGAUUAAUGAAAUGACUGAUCCAUGUUUAUCUUUGUGACAUCACUGUAAGCAUGCGAUGCAGGUGAAAAACUAAGAGCCAACAGCAGGUUAGAGACAUUCAGCACUUUAAACUUUAACCAAAGCCACACACAGGACACAUUUCAGUCAAAAUUUCAAAAAUAAUAUUACAAUAUAUCUAUAUUUUAGGUAGAUCAUUACCAUUAAUAGUAGAUCUGGACCCCCCCCCCCAUUAUAGCCACUGUAUUUAUUAUUUAAAUAUAUAGAACAAUUUUUACUACCAUGAAACUAAACUGCUUAAAAAAUAAAAAUAAUAAAAUCAUAAGGGGGCAUAUCAUAAAAAAUCUGACUUCAUGUUUAAGUGCUAUAAUUGGGUCCCCAGUGCUUCUACAACUUAGAAAAUGCUCCUCAGAAAUCAACCCAGUAACUUAGUUUUGGUAAACCAUUCUCUGCAAGCAUGUGAAAAAAUAGCUUGUGAUGUCAGAAGGGGAACUUAUUAUUAUAAUACCACCCCUUAAUCUGCACUAUCCAAUCACGGCAAAGCCAGUGCAGAGAUCAGCUCAUUUGCAUUUUAAAGGAAACACACAAAAAACAGCAAAUUUUUGCUCGAUUUUAACAUGUUAUAAUAAUAUGAUAUAUUAAUCUAAAACAUACAUACUCUGGGACACCAAUGAUUUAUCUUACAAAUGUCUCACCUUUUAAAGGUGAUUGUCAUGACAAUGAUUUGUGGAAAAGGUCUUACUGAUGAAUAGGCUUCAUUUUUAUGGAAAUUUAUUUUGGGUUGAAAUACGAUAAUGUUCUUGAUGGUUUUGUGAAGUUCACUGAUAUUUGAAAACACAGACAGAGAAAUCAAACACUGUCCCGACCAGUGAUGGGCUAGUAACUCAAACAAAAAUGUAAUAUAUUACUCAUAACUAGUUACUCUUUUCAAAAGUAAAAUGAUUACUUUACUCAUCUCUCCCAAUCAACAGUAAUAACACUAGCUAUAUUACUUCUCCAUCGCACCACCAAAAAUUGGUAAUUGCAUAUUUUUUCGUGAAUCCAUGAUAGCUACAGAUAAAUUACUGGCUGAAACACUUCUGUAAUUUAAUAAAGCAGUAACAUUUAAACUGAAAUCAGCAGUAGGGCUCAAAUAUUGGCAAAAACGAAAAAGAGCAAACUUCAUUAAGCAACUACACUCUAAGAAAGAAUGUCUAUUUUUAAGUUUUGUGUUAUUCUAUUUAACACAUUGUGUCGUUUUUUGUUGAUUUUGGGUUAAAAUAAAUAAAAGGGAUAACACAAAACAGAGAUAUGUCUAUUUAAGGACAACACAUUAAAUGUCUUGUCCUUAAAGGAACAUGCCCACAUUUUGGGAAUUUAGCUUAUUCACCGUAUCCCCCAGAGUUAGAUAAGUCCAUACAUCUCCAUGUGUGCUGUAACUGUCUGACGCAG